UCGCUUUAUGCCGAGCGUCACGUCACCACACCGGAAAACAGGUCUCCCGACUUCCGGUUUGCUUCCGCUUGUCGGAAAAGCCGGUAGCUGGGUAGCUGGUAGCAACCGUAGCAACAGUAGCAAUGGUAGGUACUGACAGACUUAGCCUAGCUAGCCUUUUUUAAUGUUGGCGUUUUAUUUGAUUUUAAAAUCUGGAUGUUAGUGACAAGAAGAAAAUGUCAAAGCCAGUGAAGUACCAGAAGCGGGAUAAUCCCAACAGUGAUUUCUGCUGCGUACCUCAAUGUGCGAUGUCAGGGAAGUUCAACUCCACCGUGAGUUUCCACCACUUCCCAAAGGAAGAAACCAUAAGAAAAAUAUGGAUACGUAAUGUGAGACGUGAUAAUUUAGUAAUUAAGAGGACCACCACAGUCUGUAGUAGACAUUUCGUCUCCACGGAUGUCAUUCAAGGUGGACGACGACGCUUGAAAGAGGGGGCUGUACCCGUGUUGUUCGCCUGGAACAACUACUCUCUGCCGGCAGUCAGACCAAGUGUCUGGGAGAGAACACAACGACCAGAGGAUGAAUCAACUGAAGAGGAAGAGAUGGAUGUUGAACUGUUGCUUCAGUGCCAUGAUUACGAUGCAAAACCAGAACCAUCAUCUUUGGAUAUAGCAUGUGAGAAAAUAGAGGCCCAGCAGCAAGUGAUAGAGGAGCUGCAAAAGAGGCUGGCCGCGGUUACACUGAAGCAGUCGUUUGGCUUGGAGAGGUUUUUAGCAUCGGACGAUGACAUCAGAUUCUAUACCAGAUUUGCCAGCUACCACCACCUACAGGCAUUUUGGAGACAGAUUGAACCUGCAACGAGGAGAAUUGUGCGUGUUGGUACACAGUCAUCCACUUCCAGCACAACAGCAGCUCCUGACAAUGCCACUGAUCCACCUCGUCGACCGAGCCGAUGCCUUCCGAUGAUUGAUGAACUGUUCCUGUUCUUGGUGUACCUGUCGCUGGGUCUGAAGGAGAAAGAUCUGGGUGAUCGUUUCAGUAUUCAUCAGUCCACCGUCAGCAGGAUAAUCAAAACCUGGGUAAAUUUUUUGUACACCUUGUUGGGUGCUGUUGGGAUAUGGAUGUCUCCUGAGACAAUUAGAGCCACGAUGCCGAGUGUAUUCAGCAAAUACUCUGACACCCAAGUCCUUAUUGACUGUACAGAGAUGAGAUGUCAGAUGCCUUCAUCUUUACUCUUACAGAGUGAGAUGUUUUCACAGUAUAAAUCGCACACUACCCUGAAAGGAAUGAUUGGUGUGUCACCACAUGGUGCUGUUACUUUUAUUUCCUCACUGUAUUCCGGCUCUAUCAGUGACAAAGAAUUGUUCAGGCAAUCUGGCAUUGUCCCUCUUUUGGAUAAAGAAAUGGCUGUAAUGGUGGACAAGGGAUUCAGAAUUGAUGACCUAGUGCCUUGCAAAGUUUACAGACCACCUUUUCUGAGUAAAAAGUCACAGCUGUCUCAUGGCGAAGUGCUGGUCACUCAGGACAUUGCACGGUUAAGGAUACAUGUGGAGAGGACAAUUAGGCGCAUCAAAGAGAACAAACUGUUUGACACUAUUAUCCCUCUAACCAUUUGUGGCAGUAUCAACCAGCUUUUUGCAGUAGCCUGCCUCCUAACAAACUAUCAAAACAAGCCACUGGUCAAAGCAUGGGCCAAAUAACUGUGUUAACCUCACUGAGCCAGUCUCUCUGGAUACUAGUACACUGAAUGGUCAAUAUUAUUGUCUCAGAUCUGCUCGCUAAACUGCUAAUGGACUUCCCUCAAUUCUGUUCCAUUUGUCUCUCUUUAUGAUAAACAUUCUCUGAUGUAGAUUUGACAUAUGUGUUCCAUGAUACAUGUUUAUGUAGCAAUACAAAUUAUAUGUUUGACUUUGAGUGGUUAAAUUUGUCAGUGCCAACUGUGCAUUACUAGUCCCCCUCUCUCUUGUAGUAAAAUGUAUGAAAUCAAACCAUGCAUACAGUAAAAUAUUGUAUAUGAAAUCUGAAAACAUCUUUUAUAGUCACCAUGAUACAAAUUGUAUAAGGAAUGAUUUAAUUAUUUUUGUUACUUACAAAUAAAUCUGGAAAAAAAUCA